ACUCUAAAAACUUUUUCCCAAAAAUUCUCUCUUAGCUUCAGAUUUUUAGAAACCCGGCUCCCAUCCAAAAAACAAGAGACAAAACCGAAAGAAAAAUUUCACCCGGAUCAUUAGCCAUUUAAACUGUCAAAACAUUUUCCUAAAAAUUCUCUCUUAACUUCACAGAUUUUUAGAAACCGGAUCCCAUUCAAAAACCAAGCGAGAAAACCGAGAGAAAAAGAUAAGAAAACAUAAAAAAAAAGGAAAAGAAGAGCAAAAGACAGAGGGCGGAGGAAGUUGCCGCCAUCGCCGUCAUUGUCGCCGCAAACCCAACCACCACCACGACCGUGGAAUCUGCUUGAAGGCACUGGAGCUUUGAUGGAGGGAUUAAUUAGUGCACAAUUGAACCCAAUUCGCACCUAUUCUACACAAGAAAGUUUUGUUUUUUCCCCCACAUUUUCUCUAAGGAUAAAGACAAUUGGUUUUGGUAAUAAAUUUAAGGCAAUGAGAAAUCUUAAAUCAUACACUUCAAUCAAUGCUUCGGUUCAGCCAUUGGAGGCCUCAAAAGAGGACCAAUUUAACAAAGCAUUGCCGUCAAAAGAGGUCCUUGAGUUGUGGCGCAAUGCUGAUGCUGUAUGCUUUGACGUGGAUAGUACAGUAUGCCUAGAUGAGGGCAUUGAUGAACUUGCUGAGUUUUGCGGAGCUGGAAAGGCUGUUGCAGAAUGGACUGCUAGGGCAAUGAGUGGUUCUAUUCCUUUUGAGGAUGCCUUGGCUGCAAGAUUGUCUCUGUUUAAUCCUUCAAUAGCACAAGUCCAAGAUUUCCUUGAAAAGAGACCUCCAAGAAUUUCUCGUGGGAUUGAUGAGUUAGUCAAGAAGAUGAAGGCUAGAAACACUGAUGUUUAUCUGAUCUCUGGAGGAUUUCGCCAAAUGAUCAAUCCUGUUGCAUCAAUUCUUGGUAUUCCCGUUGACCACAUUUUUGCCAAUCAACUUCUUUUCGGAAGUGCUGGAGAGUUUUUGGGGUUUGAUACAGAUGAGCCAACGUCUAGGAGUGGAGGAAAAGCUAUUGCUGUUCAGCAGAUAAGGAAGGCUAAUGGAUAUAAAUCGCUGGUCAUGAUUGGAGAUGGUGCAACUGAUCUUGUGGCUCGCAAACCAGGAGGUGCCGACUUAUUUAUAUGCUAUGCUGGGGUUCAGCUUCGAGAAGCUGUUGCAGCUAAAGCUGAUUGGCUGGUGUUCAAUUUUAAGGACUUGAUUGAUAGCCUGGAGUAGCAUGCACCCAUUUUUCUUGAUUGAUACCUUUUUUCUGUUUCCUUUUGGGUGGUGGUUCUCUUUCUUUCCCUUUACUAUUAUUGAUUUUUUGGGGGUACUAGAGUUCUAUGGGUUAUAACUACCAUGCUUCCAAAAAUCUUCUGCAUCAGUAUAUGUAUUCUUUGACUAACAUUUUAUGUAUGUAAUUUGUGAAAAUGACAGUCCUCAGGCACUUGCCCUCAAUAAGCAACUUGAAAGCCUUGUUGAUGUCAUCAAGUUUGACCUCAUGAGUGACAAACAAAUCCAGCUGAAGUUCACGGAUGUGUGUUCAAAGAUUUAAGCAAAAUCUGGGAGAGAUUCAUGUCUUUGAUGUUUGUCAUUUUGGAACAGGUGAAAAACAACAAUGUGGUAAAAGCCUUGCAAAUCUACAGUACAUUAUCCAGGUAACGUUUUGCAAGCAUUGGGAAUCAAGAUUUGGCUUGAGACCACCCUAUUGGACUCCUGUGACGGUUUUCCUGCUAUGAGCGCUCACCAGGUAAUUGAGGAUCAGCUGCGAAUCUGGCUUCACUCUUAAUACAACCGUCUUGCCCAUUCCUGAUGAUAGAUUGUACAUAGAAUCUCAUUUAGUAGCAGCUAACAGCAAUGAAAUAACUGAAAAACUCGAACUAGCUUAGUACUGGUAGUCAAAUCACAAAUGUUUAAACCAUGAAAGCAUACUCUUUAAUCACAAAAGAUAGAGUGGACCUAUGUUAGCUGAUUAAGAAUACUGUUAUAGUACUUAAAUCAUCAAAUCAUUAUAUCACCA